AUGCCUUCAGUCGACCAAAUGGAGUUCACCCCGCCCGCCUCUGCGCUCCUCCAGGCGCUGUACGCCUCGACGACCCGCUCAGCUCGAACAGCCGCCGCCUCGUCCCUCGCCUCGCACGUCGUCUCGAACGGCCUUCGCUCCCUCGCAGCCGACAACAUCCUCGAUGACUUGACGCGCGCGGCGCGGUCAAAGACUCCGCAGGAGAAGGAGGGCGCGAUGGUCGCUUUCGACGAGCUGUUCCGCAAGGUCGGGCUCAGCGUCGGCGCGUCGGACCCGUUCUUCGUCCCACUCCUCCCGUGCAUCCUCGACAACCUCCAAGAGUCGGGAAAGACGGGCAGCAUCAAGGACGCGGCGGAGAAGGCGGCGAAACAGCUUGCUCGUCUCCCCCCGCCUGAACUCGCGCCCAAGGUCAUCGAGGAGCUGUUCUUGUACCUCGAGACGAACGCCAAGUGGAGGAGCAAGGUCGGAGCGCUCGAGCUGUUGAGCAUGUUUGCGGUCACGGCCAAGGACCAGGUUGCGGAGCGGCUGGGCGAGUAUGUCCCGAGGCUUGUCCCGAGCAUGCGGGAUACCAAGUCCGAGAUCUCGAGCCAGGCGGAGAAGACCGGCGUCGCGCUCUGCCAAGUCCUCACGAACCCCGACAUCCAGCCCUUCGUGACCGACCUCGUCCGCUGCAUGGCCAAUCCGACUACCGUCCCCGCCGCAAUCAAGCGCCUUUCGUCAACCGUCUGGGUUCGCGAGAUUGAUGGCCCGACUCUUGCGGUUGUCUCGCCCCUCCUUACUCGUGCUCUGUCUGAGAAGGGAACGAUCGUCCAGCGCCAGACUGUCGUCCUCAUCACCAACCUGUUCAAGCUCGUCCGCUCGCCCGACCUCGCCGCCCUCCACGCCCCUCACGUCCUCCCCGGCAUCGAGCGCAUCAUCGAGUCCGCCGCUUUCCCCGAGAUCCGCGCCUUUGCCGAAGAGGCGAAGCGCGCGGUCGACAAGUCGGUCGUUGGCGCCUCGGUCCCUGCCGUCGACCACUUCUCCGAGGCGGCCAAGGACGAGCAGACUGCUCUCUCGCAGCUUGUCGAGCUCGCUGAGAAGCAUACUGGCGAGCGACCGGAUGCCUUUGCGCAGCAGUCGUUCCGUAGCGCAGCCUUCGCCCUCGCCCAGCUCGUCCGCAAGCGCGACUUGAGCGAGAAGUUCUGGCGCGAGACGUACGUCGCGCCUUACCUCGCCCACUUUGUCGGCAAGGACGCGGCGUUGGCGAUCUCGGACGAGCUGCUCAAGCGCUGGGUCGCGGUCGACAAGGAGCGCAACCGCGUCGAGGGCGCCGACGACGACGAUGACGAGGAGGGUGACAUUGUCGUCGACUUGCCCUUCUCGCUCGCGUACGGUGGUCUACUCCUCCUCAACCACACCGUCCUCAAGCUCCGCAAGGGCCACCGGUACGGAAUCUGCGGUGCAAACGGAUGCGGCAAGUCGACGCUCCUCAAGGCCAUCAACCGCAAGCAGAUCGACAACUUCCCGAUGGACCUCAAGGCGGCGUACGUCGAGCACGACAUCGACGGCGACGAGACGGGCAUCACGGUUUGCCAGCUCAUGAUCGACGAGCCGCGCAUCUCGGCGACCGAGCAGGAGAUCCGCGCCAUGCUCAAGGAGAUGGGCUUCUCCGAGGAGCGCCAGGACGUCCCGAUCCAGUCGCUCUCGGGAGGGUGGAAGAUGCGUGUCGCCCUCUGCCGCGCCAUGCUCAUGAAGGUCGACCUCUUGCUCCUCGACGAGCCGACCAACCACCUCGACGUCCAGUCGGUCGCGUGGUUGCAGGACUACCUCAACGCUCAGGACCAGGUCACGGCCAUGAUCAUCUCGCACGACUCGGGCUUCCUCGACGCCGUCUGCACCAACAUCAUCCACUACCACAAGAAGCAGCUCGUCUACUACCGCGGCAACCUCGCCAAGUUUGUCGAGAAGUACCCGCCCGGCAAGACGUACUACACCCUCUCGGACGAGGUCGUCAAGUUCACCUUCCCGCCGCCCGGAUCGCUCAUGGGCGUUCGUUCCCGCACCCGCGCCAUCCUCAAGAUGACCGACUGCACGUUCACCUACCCGGGCGCCUCGAAGCCGCAGCUGUACAACGCGACUUGCGCCGUCUCGCUCUCGUCGCGCGUCGGCAUCGUCGGCCCGAACGGCGCGGGCAAGUCGACCUUGAUCAAGUUGUUGACUGGCGAGACGCUCCCCGACUCGGGACGCGUCGAGAAGCACCCGAACCUCCGUAUCGCUUACGUCGCCCAGCACGCCUUCCACCACAUCGAGCAGCACCUCGAGAAAUCGGCCGUACAGUAUAUCAUGUGGCGUUACCAGGAAGGCGUCGACAAGGAGCAGGCGAUGAAGGCGACGCGCGCUCUCACGCCCGAGGAGGAGGCCCAGCUCAAGGUCCCCAUCGUCGCCAAGACGGGCGAGACCCGCUUCGUCGAGUCCAUCGUUGGUCGCCAGAAGCUCAAGAAGAGCUACACGUACGAAAUCAAGUGGCAAGGUCUCCACCACAAGUACAACACGUUCGUUCCCCGCGAGCGCCUCACCGAGCUCGGCUUCUCCAAGCUCGUCCAGGAAUUUGACGACUUUGAAGCCUCGCGCGAGGGAGCCGGUUCGCGCGACAUGAGCGUCAAGCUCGUCCGCCAGCAUCUCCAGGACGUCGGUCUCGACGGUGACAUCGCCGAGUACAACGAGAUGCGCGGUCUCUCGGGUGGUCAGAAGGUCAAGGUCGUCAUCGCCGCAGCCAUGUGGUCCAAGCCGCAGGUCCUCGUCCUCGACGAGCCGACAAACUUUUUGGACCGCGACGCGCUCGGUGGUCUCGCCGUCGGCAUUCGCGAGUGGAGUGGCGCCUUCCUCUGUAUCUCUCACAACCAAGAGUUCGUCGGGGCGCUGUGCGGCGAGAUCUGGAACGUCGAGAACGGGCGCCUGACGAUGAAGGGCAAAGCGGCCGUCGACGACGGCGCGUUCGACUCGAACCCGAACUCGGCUCGCGACACCCCCAUCGGCACGCCUGGAGUCGCCACGCCCGCGUCUGUCGAGACGCCCGUCGGAUCAGGAGACGAAGCUCGAGUUGCGGCCACGGUGGAGGGAGCGGGAGAGGAAUUGAAGUUCAAGGCGGCCAAGGGGAGGAAGAAGUUGACGCGCAAGCAGUUGAAGGAGCGUGAGGAUCGUCGGCGUGCUCGUACUCUCGCCUUCCUCUCCUCCACCGUUCCCGGCGCAGUCCGCGAACCCGACACCGACUCGGACGAAGAGAACCCGAUUCACGCGCAGCAAAAGUUGCGCAUCCCGUCCAAGGCCAAACGGUCGGGCACAUCGACGCCCACCAUUGCUGGGAUGCGGACGUGA